AUGUAUGUCGAUCAUCGAGCACAAGCCCUUCCUCCGCCGUCGACAUUGUCUGGAAACGAUCCUCUCCAAGCUCGGCAGUCCCAUAGUAUGUCCUCGAGCGCCACUGGCGCACUACCACCCCCUCAGGCCCCACUAGGGCCGCAGUCCACGUCGACUGUCGAGAAUGGGCGCCUCUAUAGUCUCGACGUGGUGCAGCAGCCUGUUCGCGCCCGAAUGUGUGGUUUUGGCGACAAGGACCGUCGGCCCAUCACCCCGCCGCCGUGCGUCCGCUUAAUUGUGCGGGACGCAGUCACUCUGAAGGAAUUGGACAUCAAUGAGAUUGACAUCUCAUUCUUCGUUCUCACCGUCGAUCUUUGGUCAGCAGAAGGCACACGGGAAGUCAAUCUGGUCCGGCAUUCAGCGACUUCUCCUUCCAUAUCCGCCGCAACGUCUUCCUCUUAUCCGCCUCCACCCCAAACGCCCCCAGCGUACGCUUAUGCCUCGACGCAACCGCCAUACCAGACGAGCAUGGGUCCGCCCAUGACGAACCCGUACAAUCCUUACCAGCCGCAGGCGCCCCCGGGACCGCAAGCCGGAUAUUACGCAUCAUCAGCAGCCGGGGCGCCGAUGAACCCAAUGACGCCUGCAGGAUACUAUCCUCCUCAAAUGACAUCGCCGCAGCAGGUUCAGCCACCUGCGCCAUCUGGCAUGUUUACGCGGAACCUCAUUGGAAGCCUGAGUGCCAGUGCUCAGCGGCUUGCCGACACGGGCGAUAAAAUCGGCAUUUGGUUCAUCCUGCAGGAUCUCUCUGUCCGCACAGAAGGCCAAUUUCGACUAAAGAUGAACUUUGUCGAUGUUGGCGAGAACGGUUCGCUGAAUACCGCCCGGGCUCCGGUUCUAGCCAGUACCUUUUCCGAUGUCUUCCAAGUCUUCAGCGCCAAGAAAUUCCCCGGUGUCAUUGAGAGUACCAACCUCAGCAAAUGUUUUGCCACGCAGGGCAUCAAGAUUCCCAUUCGCAAAGACGGCCCGAAAGCGCUUAGCAACAAGGAAGAUUAUGACAAUGAUGACUGA